AUGGAACGGUCCAUUCUUUGCGUGCUAGUGCUUACGGCGUACUGCGCCUCCGGUGACCUUAUAGCAAUUGAGUUAAGCAUCUUCGGAAGUGCGCUGUAUCGUUUGAUUGACUCAAAAGUCGAUCAUCUCGUCAGGAAUUUGGAUCCAGCAUCCGGAACGGAACCAUGGGAACUGGGGAACCUUAUCGGUGGGGAUAUGCGUCUACCGAGGCCACGCUUCGCGAUGGCACUAGCCGGUCCCCCAUCUGCAGCUUAUCGGUGGCCUAACGCCACCGUUAUUUACUCGAUCGAUGGCACCUUUAAUUCGUCCGAGCUGGAGUACCUGAACGGUGCGAUGCGUGAGAUCGAACGACACACCUGCGUGCAGUUCCGUCGACGCCGGGAAACACCGGCAGAGGUAGCGUACGUGUCAAUCGACAACACCGAUGCUGGUUGCUGGAGUGAUGUGGGGCGUGGUGUAGGACGUACCGUGGUCAACCUGCAGCCCGGAUGUGCCAACGCCCUCACUACUCCCGUACAUGAGCUAAUGCACUCGCUUGGUUUCUACCACGAACAUAACCGGCUCGAUCGAGAUCGUUUUGUGACGGUGAUAUACGAAAACAUCAACCCGGAUGGAGACUUACAGACCAAUUUCGACCUGGUUGAUCCGGACAAAACGACCACUUUCAACGUACCCUACGAUCUCGGCAGCAUUAUGCACUACAGACGCAAUGCUUUCUCGGUGUGUCCUGCCAAAUUGGAUACCAUGCGUCCCCGGAUACCCUGGGAAGGAGAAAUUGGCCAACGGAACACCCUCAGCUGGUACGAUGCGCUACUCAUUAACAUCAUGUACUGUGGGGUGCCUGCGCCCCGGGAACCAUUGCCGAUACCUUCCCACUGGAUACCGGCCAGAGCGCAAGGGAGAAAGGAUCGUUUCCGUUACCGGCGCUUCCUGCGUAAUUGA